AUGAAGGGGAACUAUGAUUCCUUUAGUAGAGAAAAUUCAGAUGAUGAACAAUGCAAGAAUAAAACUCACAGCCAGAAAAAGAAAAUGAUGAUUAAAUAUAUGAGUACCAUCGAGGAAGGAAUGAAGGAGGAAGAAGUUAAUUCGUUGGAUGAAGUAAAAUUAGAUGAUCACCUUUCUGAUGAGGUUGAAAAUGAAGUACAAGAAGGAAGUUAUGUAGACAGUGAGGACCACAUCAUUUUGACGGACGAAGAUGUGGCGAUUUCGGGCAACACAGGAGGCGAUUCUUCCAAUAAUGAAUCCCCAUGCGAUAAGGAUGACGAUUAUUCUAUGGACGACAUUGACGCAGGGAGUGCAAGCAGGAAUCACCUUAGUUCAGGGCCCGCUUCGCUGAGCUUUGUAGAGCCGAGGGGAGAGGAAGCAUUAGCAGGAUUGAACGAAGGAGAAGGGGAAAAUGCAUUACCUCAUGGUGGUAGUGAUAAGGAUGCUUAUCAAUCGAGUGAAGAUGACAGGGAUACUCUUCCAACUGAAGGGGUCGGACACGAAACGGGGGAGAGCGCUGAUAAUAGCAGAGGCAACCGACACAAGUCAUGUGAUGAGGGUGACGAGGCUCCCGGCGAUACAAAGGACAAUGUUACUAACAUAGAACAAAUGCAUACGAACGAGAAAAAAAAUGCACUCUUCGAUAUGGAAAUUAAGGAUAUAAAUGAUUGGAAGUCCAAAUAUAGACACUUGACAUCAUCCUUCCGAAAAUUGGAGAAGGAAAUGAAUAGAGCGAUCAACAGUGAACACAUCGACCAAAUAACGAGACGAAGCAUUAAGCAGCACAAGGAUUUCCUAGACAACGAGUAUAAGGAGUGGCUGUCCGUUUUGGUAAAGACCGUUUCGGAGUUCAAGAAAAAUAUUGGGGCUCACGUUUCCGAACUUAACGAAAAGGAGUACCAAAUUUUGUCCAAGAAUAUCUUCGAAGAUUUCCGGGAGAAGUACUUGGAAGAGACCAACCUUAACAUCGUCCUCUAUUUGGCGGUGACCAAGCACGAUAUAACAGUUGACGAUGACGUUGCGAAGUACCUCCAAGGGUGUUACGAAUCGGCGAACACGGACAAGACGCUGUAUAGCAACGUACAGAAGCUGCUGGAAGUGAAUGAGCACAUUAGGAACAUAGGCGGAAGAACGGGCACCUGGGAUGAAGACGAACACAACUAUUUUAUGAAAGUGUACGAGAACAACGCGAAUUUGGGAGAUGAGGUUCUUUUGGGCAUGCUGAAAAGCUGCAUGAACAAAUCGGAGGAAGAAAUUAUUGAACACGUGUCUUGGUACAAGCAAUUCAUCUCGUACAAGCACUUAAAGAACAGGUGCCUCAACAACAUCAGCAUCAUUAAUGUGAAUGAGCAGCGCAAAAACGAUUCCAAAAUUGAGGAGAAAAAGAACAUGAUACAGAAAUGGAAGGAGAAAAAACAGCAAGAGUCGGCGAUUAAGAUGAAGGAAAUGAAAGAGAUGAAAAAAGAGGAAAUGAAGAUAAACAAAAUGAUCCGGGAAAAUAUCAAGAAGAAAAAGCAAAUGAUACAGGAACAGUUGAACAACAAAAAAGAGGAAAUAAAGAAAAACAAAAUGGAAAAGCAGCAAAAGAGUGUCCUGUCUGAGGAAUCGUUGCAGAGGAUUAAUGAGCGGAAUGAACGUAUUUUACAAAAAAAGGUGCAGUCAAAUUUGAACCUUAGCGAGGAUAUCAACGAGCGAGAAAAAAAAACAACGAAGCAGAAGUAUAUGCACAUCCAGAGCAAGCUACUGAGCAACACAGAUAACCUGUUAAGGAGAAUUGAGUCCAGCGUAGAAACGAUAAAGAACAUUUUGUAG